CGAAAGACCACGUCGUGCUUCAAGAGGAACGUCCCAUGGCGGGUAUGAAGGCACGCGCUGUUCUGCGUACAGCUGAGGGCAGAAGAAGACCUGCGACGACGGAGCCUUCACGGCGAUACGACCCGUCCAUGUACAGCCAUCGGCCGUCGUGGGAGACGCCGCUGCCUCCCUCGGACGAGGAGCCGGAGGGGGAUGAACUUCCAACGUUUCCUCUCGCCAGCGGGUCGACGCAGCUAUUGUCGCAGACGGUGCUCGUAGGCGGGUCGGCAAGCAACGAACGAGGCGAGUACACAUCACUCCUGCAGCAAGGCUUGGGAGACGACGACGACGACGGGGGAGUUGAUCUCCGUUUCGGUUUGAGUUCUGGCGGUGCCAGGGAGGCGAGCCGCACGGUCUUCACCGCCGCCCAUGCUUCCGCACGUGGCCUGCAACAGCCUCGAAGGGUGCAGACGGAACCUUCCACAGUACGUGGCGGCGCAACCGUCGCUGGCGGUGUCGGGUCUUCGCCAGCAGCCCGGCAGCAUGUAUCGAGUGCGCCGUCCGGGGAACGAUUGACUGAUAACUCGGACGUGCAACUGCUGCCGCAGCAGCGUCCCUGCGCACCAGCGGUGCACGCUCGAUUCAGGGAGGAAGUCGAAGCGGGGGACGACGACGACGACAAUGCUGUGCGGCCUGUGGGGAAGACGGGUGGGAGGAGUAUAGGACGCAGCAACCGUGGUGGCCGUGGUCGAUCCGUUGGCCGUGGCGGCAGAGGUGGCAUCACUGACGACGGAGGGAAGUCUGCGACGUACUGGUUGACGGACGAGCAAAUGCUCCUUGAGUGGAAGUGGGUCGACAUUGCGAAGCGCAUGGCGAACGGUGGGAGCCCUAAAGACGCAGACGACUGCAUGAAGAAAUGGGACAAUUUGUUCCAAGACUACAAGAAGAUACAGAGGUUUCAGAACAUGAGCGGGCGGCCAGAUUUCUUCAAGUUGUCCAACGACGAAAGGAAGGAGCACAACUUCAAGUUUCGGAUGGAGAGGGUGUUGUACAACGAGAUCCACUCCGGCAUGUUGGGGAACCAUACUAUUUUCCCUUCCAACAUCGCCAACGCCGUCAGUCCGGACGGGGUGCAGCUGCCCAGGAGAGGAGCGGGUGGCGGGAGUAUGUUGACAGUGAGGGCGGUGUCGGACGACGACUUCGAGACGGAGGAACCGCAGGCGAAGGCAACGGCGUCGGCGGUGCGACAGAGCGCUCGCCAGCGAGCUUCUGAUCACAGCGCAUCGAAGAGGAUGCGCUCCCCUGCACCCGAGGCGCAGCAGGCGCGUGGCCGCGAUGCAAGGACAGACAAGGUUGUCGUCGUCGUGGCGGAAGGCGAUGAUAACGAGACGUUGGAAAGACGUCGGCAGCGCAAUCUUGCACAAGCGGCCGCAGCCCCGUUGAUGACUACACGCCUCCCCGAAAAGGAAGUCGUGCCAGAGCGACGCGCAAUUGAGGGCGAGGUGGCAAGUGCUGCGGGCGGGACUGCCACAGGGAACUUGGUCCCCGUGGCGACGGCGAGAGAGGAGGCAGCAGCUGCGGCGGCGGUGAGAGAGGACACGUGUGGCGAGAAGACAACCAAUCGGAAGGGCGGCGAUGUUGGUCCGAGCUGGGUGCGCAAGGAAAUCAUGAGCAGAGAGCUCAUCGACCGCGCCGUACUCUGGGUGGAUGACAAAGCAUUUUGGAUGACGGGGGAGGGGCGGAGAUUCGACUGCCGUCUCUCGCAGUGUCAUCCUGCCGAAGUCGAGCACCAGGGUAGCCAGGAUCUCCGACCAUCGCAGCUGCAGCAAGCGAUCUCCCGUGCGGCGACAGUGGAGAACGUGGCUUUGCGAGUCUUGCACGAUUGGGUUUUCAAGUCCGGGACCUGCGCUAGGGGGUACAACCUAGCUUUCCAGUACGCACUAGAGUCCGUAGCAAUGGACAUCGCGCGUGCUAUGUGGUACGGCGAGAACUGGUCCAACGUCGUCAGCGCGCCCAUCUGCGGCCACACGAUAGAUCUCAACAUGGACUUGCCACUGUGGUUCGCCAGCGCCCACAUCGACGACAGACCCGACGACGACGAUAUGGCGGCGUACCAGGAGUCGACCGUCAUCUGCAUCGCCCAAGCAUUCCGCGCGGCGGUGCAGAUGGGAGCGCAUAUCGACAACGAUUUCAUCUCCUACGACCGUCUUUGUCGGGUGGCUGACUGCUUCAGACUUCUGUUGGCGGCGACAAUGUGGAUAAUGCGCUUGGCGGGAGACGACUCCCGCAGCCACUACGAGGCGUUCUACUCCGUCAACUUGCUGGCCAAGCCUACACUGGUCGCGUCCAUGCAUCGCUCCUUCGACCAUCGACGAUCCGUCGUCCGCGCCGUGAAAGUCGUCACCAAGAGGCUUGGGAAGGAGAACCCCACGUUUGGCGAGCACCCCGACUACAUCCCUCAAUGGGCACCCUGCGGCAUUACUUUCGGCCACGACGCCAGCUUAACGGGCCCGGAGGAUUGCAAGAGGCUUGAUUGGGUUGACCCCCCGAUGACGACGGCAACGACGACAAGAAAGAAGGCGCGUAGGGGGUGGGGCGGCGGUUGUGAUAGUCCUCGAGCAUGUCCACGUGGCACAUCGACGUGAGGGGCUUCACC